AUGGGUGGGAGACAAGAGGGAGGGGGGAGGUGUGUAUGUGUGUGUGCGAUGCUCCAGGCUGCACUGAUCCAGGCUCCUGCCCCUAAAGACCCAGCUGGAGGAUGGAUAGAGGACACGGGGAGGACAGUGUGGGGAAAGGGGGGUGUGGAUGGGGGUGUGUGGGGGAUGCAUGGGGCAGGACAGCUCCUCACCCCUCCUCUCCACAGCCUCAUCCUUCCUCUCCUCCAGCCUCACCCCUCCUCUCCACAGCCUCAUCCUUCCUCUCCUCCAGCCUCACCCCUCCUCUCCACAGCCUCACCCUUCCUCUCCUCCUCUCCUCCAGCCUCACCCCUCCUCUCCUCCAGCCUCACCCUUCCUCUCCUCCUCUCCACAGCCUCACCCUUCCUCUCCUCCAGCCUCACCCCUCCUCUCCACAGCCUCAUCCUUCCUCUCCUCCAGCCUCACCCCUCCUCUCCACAGCCUCACCCUUCCUCUCCUCCUCUCCUCCAGCCUCACCCUUCCUCUCCUCCUCUCCUCCAGCCUCACCCUUCCUCUCCUCCUCUCCUCCAGCCUCACCCUUCCUCUCCUCCAGCCUCACCCUUCCUCUCCUCCUCUCCUCCAGCCUCACCCCUCCUCUCCUCCAGCCUCACCCUUCCUCUCCUCCAGCCUCACCCCUCCUCUCCUCCAGCCUCACCCCUCCUCUCCUCCAGCCUCACCCUUCCUCUCCUCCUCUCCUCCAGCCUCACCCUUCCUCUCCUCCUCUCCUCCAGCCUCACCCUUCCUCUCCUCCACCUCACCCUUCCUCUCCUCCUCUCCUCCAGCCUCACCCCUCCUCUCCUCCAGCCUCACCCUUCCUCUCCUCCGCCUCACCCCUCCUCUCCUCCAGCCUCACCCUUCCUCUCCUCCAGCCUCACCCUUCCUCUCCUCCUCUCCUCCAGCCUCACCCCUCCUCUCCUCCAGCCUCACCCUUCCUCUCCUCCAGCCUCACCCCUCCUCUCCUCCAUCCUCACCCCUCCUCUCCUCCAGCCUCACCCUUCCUCUCCUCCAGCCUCACCCUUCCUCUCCUCCAGCCUCACCCUUCCUCUCCUCCAUCCUCACCCCUCCUCUCCUCCAGCCUCACCCUUCCUCUCCACAGCCUCACCCUUCCUCUCCUCCAGCCUCACCCCUCCUCUCCACAGCCUCAUCCUUCCUCUCCUCCAGCCUCACCCCUCCUCUCCACAGCCUCACCCUUCCUCUCCUCCUCUCCUCCAGCCUCACCCUUCCUCUCCUCCUCUCCUCCAGCCUCACCCUUCCUCUCCUCCUCUCCUCCAGCCUCACCCUUCCUCUCCUCCAGCCUCACCCUUCCUCUCCUCCUCUCCUCCAGCCUCACCCCUCCUCUCCUCCAGCCUCACCCUUCCUCUCCUCCAGCCUCACCCCUCCUCUCCUCCAGCCUCACCCCUCCUCUCCUCCAGCCUCACCCUUCCUCUCCUCCUCUCCUCCAGCCUCACCCUUCCUCUCCUCCUCUCCUCCAGCCUCACCCUUCCUCUCCUCCAGCCUCACCCUUCCUCUCCUCCUCUCCUCCAGCCUCACCCCUCCUCUCCUCCAGCCUCACCCUUCCUCUCCUCCAGCCUCACCCCUCCUCUCCUCCAGCCUCACCCUUCCUCUCCUCCAGCCUCACCCUUCCUCUCCUCCUCUCCUCCAGCCUCACCCCUCCUCUCCUCCAGCCUCACCCUUCCUCUCCUCCAGCCUCACCCCUCCUCUCCUCCAUCCUCACCCCUCCUCUCCUCCAGCCUCACCCUUCCUCUCCUCCAGCCUCACCCUUCCUCUCCUCCAGCCUCACCCUUCCUCUCCUCCAUCCUCACCCCUCCUCUCCUCCAGCCUCACCCUUCCUCUCCUCCAGCCUCACCCUUCCUCUCCUCCAGCCUCACCCCUCCUCUCUCCCAGCCUCACCCCUCCUCUCCUCCAGCCUCACCCUUCCUCUCCUCCAGCCUCACCCCUCCUCUCCUCCAGCCUCAGCCCUCCUCUCCUCCAGCCUCACCCUUCCUCUCCUCCUCUCCUCCAGCCUCACCCCUCCUCUCCUCCAGCCUCACCCUUCCUCUCCUCCAGCCUCACCCCUCCUCUCCUCCAGCCUCAGCCCUCCUCUCCUCCAGCCUCACCCUUCCUCUCCUCCAGCCUCACCCCUCCUCUCUCCCAUCCUCACCCCUCCUCUCCUCCAGCCUCACCCUUCCUCUCCUCCAGCCUCACCCUUCCUCUCCUCCAGCCUCACCCCUCCUCUCUCCCAGCCUCACCCCUCCUCUCUCCCAGCCUCACCCCUCCUCUCCUCCAGCCUCACCCUUCCUCUCCUCCAGCCUCACCCCUCCUCUCCUCCAUCCUCACCCCUCCUCUCCUCCAGCCUCACCCUUCCUCUCCUCCAGCCUCACCCUUCCUCUCCUCCAGCCUCACCCUUCCUCUCCUCCAGCCUCACCCUUCCUCUCCUCCAGCCUCACCCCUCCUCUCCUCCAGCCUCACCCCUCUCUCCCCGCCUCACCCCUCCUCUCUCCCCGCCUUACCCCUCCUCUCCCGCAGCCUUUGUCUCGGCUCCAGAUGUUUGCCUGCAGGGUUCGCCAAAAACAAGUUGUCAUCGGAGCCGUGUACAGUCCUGAGUCCGCGAGCGAGAUCCACACGCAGCACAUGAGGACGCGUCACUUCAAAGCCUCCAACGGCACCUGA